CGUGUAUCGGAAAAUGAGAUAAAAGAUACAUUGAAGAGACAAUAUGACAAACUACAACAAAUUUUUAUAUUGCAAGAGUUGUAGUCGAUAUCCCUACAUCGGCAGAGUAUCCGUGGGAGAAGAGGGUUUUGACUUUGUCUAUCAAUUUGUGAAGAAAAGAUUUGUUAUCGCGAAAAGAAACCAGAAUCUUAGAAUAUUCCAUACUGCUAGUUUUGACAUAAUUGGACCACCAAAAAAUUUAAAAUAUGUGGAUUUCCCGUCGAGAAAGAGUGUUUUCGAUAUUUCAAUAUUUCCAUGGCAAAACAAAGAUUUCAUGAGAUAUCAGUUUAUUGAUAGUAUUCCAUGGUAUACACGGGACCAUAUGACGAGCGAAAAUAAUUAUAUCGAUAUCGAGUUUCAUGAAGCUGUAUAUCCAGUCAGAGUUUCCAUUUACGAAAUAUAUAAUCCUGGAAGCGUAAUUCAAAUUUCGGCUGAAGAUUCCAAUAAUCACUGGAUUCAGUUGUGGGAUGAAUCGUCUCAGAUUGUACCCCCGGAAUCAAGAUUAUUUUCUCCACCGUUAUCGCAUCCGUGCAACUUCAAAACCAAAAUGCUCAGACUAAUGCUUAAGAACAGUAAAUAUUAUACAAAAACAAAACUGGAUCUGGAUGCUGUGAUGCUUAUCGGUACAUCAGAUUUGAUCCUUCCUAGAAAUCCUAACGAGAGUUUAAGUAAUCUGUUAAAAAGAAUUAACAGCAUGUGUUCUCCACAUUACGACGAUGUUCAUAAUUUAACACCAGAUUUAAAAAGUGCACACUUGGAUAUAGUUCAUCUGCAACAAAAUUUUCCUGAAUAUUGUGCCAAGCGUAUGAAACUCUCAUUGGAUGAAUCCAAGGAGCUAUCACGUUGCAGUUUAUCUGCGCUUCCUGUAAAGUAUUCUCUCUAAG